CCGGGCCAAACAUAACAUUAUGAAACCCACUGACGUCCUCGCAACUUCUUGAAGUUGUCACUUCAAACAACGAUGCCUCGUUGACCCUCUGCACAGUCAACUUAUACUGCAAAUAGGCUUUUCACUUACAUUAAAAGUCUAGAAUAAACAGUAAGAAAUAUUUUCGAAUAAAAUUCAUUAGCUGCGUAUCGAAAAGUGUCCAAAACCUGAACCUGACAUCUUCGUAAAAAGUGAUGCGUGUAAUGAAUGUGAGAAGCAUUUUAAAAGCUUAAAUUCAGCUUGGAUGUUGUAGUCACGAUCGUGUUAUGAGCUGAUUUUAUGAAUGAACAAACUCAAAAAAAUAGACAGAGAAGCCGUUUCUUGAAAAUUUUCAUUCAAAAUCCAAAAAGUUAAUCUUUUAGAGCAAUUCGGAAAACACUAUCUUGAUCGUGGAUCCGUUCACGCAAGUGAAAUCGGCUGAGCACAUGGCAAAAUUCAACACAAAAUCCAUCUCAAAUCGGAGCACAUUUUAGAAUUUUUCGUUAGCGCAGAAGAGAAAAAUUUAUAAAACGUCUAUGAAACAUUUAAAAAUACAUAAAUUCCUUUUCAAAAACGCAAUUGUCUUGGCCAUAGAGUGGAAAAUGAACCUUGAAAUGCAGAACUCUUGUCUUAAAACAUCUGCAUGGUGAUCGAGUGGCAGCCAUUUGUUUAAAAUGAAUAUCUGCCACUAAGUUUUCCAAAUAUGGUAAAAGUGAAUAUUCACGACCAUAGAACGCGAGUUACAUGUUUCAACCCCUUAUGAGUUUCUGGUAAAACCUAUUGUUUUUUUGAAGUCGUCGUUGUGGUCGUCUUCGUAGUUGCUAAAAAACGACUCGUCGAAGUAAUCGUAUGAAAUUCAGGGCUACUAAAAGCCAUGCAAGUGAGAAAGCUCUGCUCAUAGGGUAGAGUUUGUUGGUUAAAAAUGCUUUUGAUUAAGAAAGGUACUAGUUAUUUAUAAGCAUAAGAUUUUUUAAAAGAAUAAUGAAGCUCUUCCAGAGAACACAGCAUUCAUCUCCGUGGUGCCUAUAUAUUGAAUGACACUUCUCUUCGAAAGAGUUGGUCCUAAUGCUCACAGUUAACCGCCACCGAAAGAUAUGUACUUCGGAAAGGAUUGUGCUCAAUGUGCAUUUGAUGACAAUUAUGUAUAUAAACUUUGGAGAAGGAUGUUGGAUUUUGGAUGUGAAUAUAUAGUUUUUUCGAAAAUUAUUGGGUUUUUCCAUUAUAUGGUAAACCCAUCUUGAAAAGCAUGUGUAGUGUUAAAUUUGAAACAAAAUCAGUAAAAAAGGCGCUUUUGACUAAUAUAAGGCCCCUUACACUCUAAAUAUGAAUGAGUGUCUUCUAAACAUAUGAGCAGCGAAUAAUAGUUUAAAACAAAAAACAUUUGAGGUUAAAAACAAAUGUAUUUUACUGAUCACAAUGACACUAUCUUUUGACUUACAGCUGAACAGCAGGAUAUUUCUUAAAUAUAUUGUUCCUGUUUAUUUUGCUAAAAAUCUUUCACUGUUUCUUUGUUGUCCUAACCUUGCACGCAGGUGCUACUUGUGCAAAGGAGAGAAGGAAUGACUCAUUGUGCUUUCUCAAACUAAUAUGAAAAAAUUGACUGGGGUGAUCUUUAAUUUGUCUUUUUUUUCGCAGUUCGGACGUUUAACGUUUAUACAUACAGUAACAACCAGCUAUAAAGGCAACUUUCAGGAAGGUAUUGGAGUUAAAAGAGGUUAUUUGUAGUUGAUUCUCUGACAGGCCUCAGCGUCCAAGGUCGAUAGCGCCCCCAGUUCUGCUAUCUUCUGGCUAUCUGCUAGUAAGCAUCAACGAAUUGAAGUCUCGACAUACUUUUUACAUUAGUCAUCGUCAGGAAAAGAAUUCUUGGACAAGAACCGGCGGCAAAGUACUUGAUUUCGCCAGUUAUAAGGCGCAGCUUUUAACAUUGGUCACAGAAGCUGGAAAAAGUUCACUUUGGAUGCUCCGAGAUCUCAGACGUUUCCUAAGUAAGCCAUAACAAAAAGGUCACGGAAGAAACUUUGAUGCAGAUAAACAACUAAGAUUUAAUAAAGCCUAUGUAGUGGUUAACACUAAUCCAUUUGAGAACAUGUAAAUUAGUUAUGUUAAAUUCUUUGUUUGUAAUUUGGUAGAUAUAUCCUCUAAAGGAAACAAAUAAUUCAACGUUCAACAAUUUUUGAACUAUUUUUUCCGAUGCAAUGGGAUUAUCUUAUGCAAAACAUUGUGAGAAGACCCAUUCGCACACAGAAAUUUCGUAUUUUACCGCUUCACUUGCAACCGUUUUCUGCCUUGCAACUGUUAUUGGAAACGUCCUCGUUUGUUUAGCCAUUGUACGGGAUCCAUUUAGAAAUAUGAAAACGCCUUUCCAUUACUAUUUGCUGAGCUUAUCCGGGACAGAUUUACUUGUGGGAUUAUUAUUAGACCCCACCAUGAUAUUGGUCCACAUUAGAGAAGCACGUGGCACGCUAAAUAAAGGUGAUCUCUCAUGGGACUUUCAGAUGCUCCAUAUGCUUUAUUUCAUUCUGAGUACGGCAUCAGUCUUAACGCUGGCAGCACUUACAGCGGACCGGUAUGUCUCGGUAAAAUCGCCAAUCAAAUACAAGACGAAGAUUACGUCUAAACGCGCCAUUGUAACUUCGGUGGUCAUUUGGGUUGCGGCGCUGGGCUUUUCUCUUUUAUACUUCAAACUCGGUUUCGUUUUGUACUCUUUCAUUUUUGCCAACACUGCUGUUUUAAGCACUUUUUUUAUUCUUCUGUUUACUCACAGAAGUAUUCUCAGACACUUGCGUAAUCGCUCGAAUUAUUGGCAAGAUCGGAGAGCUGUUGAAAACACGAUCCCUGAAAAACAAAAAUCUGCAAAGAAGAUAAAGAACACAAAGAAAGAAAGAAAAGUAGCCAAAGCGUUAUCGAUACUUCUUCUUACUUUUCUUGUAUCCUUUGUACCUGCCUGUGGAAUAACUUACUUGCUUAAUUUCUGUUUAAGCUGUAAUUGUCUGCUGGUACAUUGGUUAAGAGAUAUUCAUGCAUUAUUUGUUUGCUUAAAUUCUGCCGUCAACCCCUAUUUGUACGCCUGGCGUUUUCCACAAUUCAGGAAAGCCUUUUUGAAACUCCUCCACCUCAAAUAG